UGGAAGGACUAUGAAGCCGAUGUUGAUCAAUUGAAAGAAGACAUGACAUAUGUAAAAGAAAGGGUAACUAAAUUGGAGAAAAACCAAGAGGAUAUCAACAGACAACUUGGUGAAGGUCGAUUGGGGGAAGACAUGACAUAUGUAAAAGAACGGUUUAUUAAUGUGGAGAAAACGCAAGAAGAGAUCUAACGACAACUUGAUGAAGAGAAAAAAAUAAAAGAAGGUGUCUCUUAUAUGCAAACAGAGGAGGAAAACUAUCAAAAACGCAAGAAGGAGCUCAAAGAUGGUUUGAAUGAAUUCUACAAAACGAGACACAGUAAAUUUUUCCUGUCGCCCAUUUUCGAAGACAAUGACACGCCUUUGGCUUCUCUCUACAUAAGACCUGAAUUUAACUCAGCAACGUCAAGAAAUGACGAAAAAACACAUGUCAGGUCAUUAUGGGAGAUAUUUGAAACAGGAAAUCAAGCUAACCGAGAAAUACAUGUAAUUGCUGAUGCUGGUCUCGGAAAAACUGCAUUUUCAAACUAUCUGGCGAUCACGUGGUGUCAAGCUCAUUUUCCAGAUGACAACAUGACUCAAUCUUUUGAAAAGGACGAUAUAGACUGUAUGCAGGGAUUUGAUUUCUUAUUUUUGGUCUUACUGCGAAAUUCCAAUGAUUUGUGUUCUAUAGAUGAUCUCAUAUUUAAAAAUAUUGUUUCAAAUUUGGGUCUAGAAGAAAAGCCUUCAGAGGAUUUUCUCCUUAAAAUUUUGAAAAAUGAGAAAUGCCUCGUUAUACUUGAUGGACUAGAUGAAUGGACCCACCCCGAAAAGGAAUGUCACAGAUCGCCGAAAUCAAUCCCCCAUAGGAAUGACCGAGAAAAGUGUACAAUACUGACCACUACGCGACCAUGGAAAUUAGGAGUUUUGAACCUAAAUUCGUGUCAAAUAGGAAAAAAGGUAGAACUUACAAAACUAAGUUACGACUCAGCAGUUACACUUACAGAAAGGAUAUUACAAAGAUUGAAAUCUCACCCGAAUAAGGAUGCAUUACAACGUGAUGUCACAGAGUUCAUAUCAGGAAUUGAAAGCAGACAAAACGAUGAACUUACUUCUGUGCCUCUACUUUUGAUAUAUACAAUUUGUUUAUGGUGUGACGGUGUUCAAAUAGGUAAUUCAAAAUGUGAACUCUAUAUAAACAUAGUAGAGCUGCUCUUAUCAAGAACGAUUCAGAAGCAUGGAGAUAUUCAACAAUUUUGCGUCCUUUCUGAUAGUGAUAUCCCAGAAUGCCUGGCUGAAUAUGAAAACAGUACGAAAUACUAUCCACUCCUGACGUGUUUAGGUAAAUUGGCCUAUAAUACGUUAAUCAAUAAAACAAGAGAAAACACACUGGUAUUUGAUGGAUCAGUUGCUAGAAAAUAUAUCACACCAGACGAGAUGAAAUUCAUCCUUCACUCAGGAAUGUUGUCAGAAAGUACAACAAAAACACUAACAAAAAAGUUUAGUAAAGUGUCAUUUUCCCACAAAACAGUGCAAGAAUUCUUUGCCGCCAUAUUUAUAAGUUCUCAAAGUGACGCUCAGAAAACUGUUGUAGAAAAAUGUAGAAAUGUUCAAGAUAUUCUGGACAUGUCAAAAAUUUGUGAAUUUAUAAGUGGAAUGAAUGCUGACCGGAUGUGUGAAAUAUCAAAUGAUUUGAUGUCUGUGAUAAAUGAAGACGAGAAAACACGCGACUAUAGAACUAGGACAGGUGACGAGGACUUCGUGUACAAUAAUCCAUUGUAUAACAUACAGGAAAUGUUCAUGUCGUGUUUACAAGAAAUGCCUGAAAGUGAAAAUAUUCAAUUAUGUUUACAAGAUUUCUUCAUUGACCACAACACCGUGGACAGUAAGCUGUUACAACGUUUAUUAAAACAAAAUAAAACCAACAUAAAAUCACUUUAUAUAAACAUCAGAUAUACUUCCAGCAGUUUACGUGAAAUUAUAGAUUUAUUCUCUCUCACAGAUCUCAGUCAUAUACAGAAACUUUACUAUAAUGGUGACAGCAGGAAGAAGGAGGCUGAGAUAAGCCGGAUUUUGUUUCCCAGUUUACAGUACGUUACUUUGUUGUAUGGUACAUGGAUAAAUGAUGAAGAAAAUCUGAGUGAAAAUUUAGCGCGAGUACAAAACUUACAAUAUUUAUAUAUUGACGACUUCACGUUAUCUCACAAAAUACUGGAAACAUUUUACAAUUUUAUCUCCGCUCAAAAAUCAAUGAAAGAGUUAACAUUGGAGUGGUUAGACUGUAAAGAACAUGGCCGCCGCCAUGAUUGUAAGAGAUGGAACUUGGACUUGUCUCAACAUUCAACUCUAUCAAAGUUAGACUUGCUGGUGUUACCUGGGAGGCUACAAUUAAAUAUAUCAACACCGUCAUUAGUUAAUGUUACGUUGUCGGGAAUCAAUCUAGAUGAAAGUUCAUUGUUACUGUCACGUGACAUGUUGAAUAUUGAACGUGUGGAGUUGGUGUGUAUAGAAAUGUCUGCAGGACGUUUACAGAACUUUAUUAACGUGCUGGAAAAUCUGCCGCAGACAGUUACAGUAAAGAUGGAAGACAUUACACCGUACACAGAAAAUAGACGUGUUAGAGAAAUUAUUCGAAGAUCAAAAACUUUUUAUGUGAUACAAGAGAACGACUAUUGGCGGGAGAUUGAGUUCAAAACAAUAAAACCAAAGAAAGAAAAAAACAAAGAAAAAACGUUGUAAAAUAAACUGAAGAAAUAUCUUCAAUAAUUUAAUAUGAAAACAAUUUGAAAAUAAACACUUAAAAAACAAAAUGGCGGUUUCCUGUGCUUUAUACAUGUACUGUAUAUAAACCACUUUUAUCAAGACUUAGAAUUCUAGAAAUGGAUGUAUGUGAAAACUGGUGAUUUCUACAAUUAGAUGGUACAUUCUUCAACUAAUAGUAAAGGUGAUAGAAGUGCACAAACACUUGACACAUCAAUAUUUGAAGACCAGAAUAGUUCCCAUUGUACGAUUAAGAAGAAAACGAAAAAACAAAAAAGUAAGAAACAAAAAACAAUUGAUGAUUCUGUUUGUUUGUUUGUUUGUUUCAUUUAACAACAAUGGAUGAAUAUAUGGAAAAACAAGAAAUUUCUGGAAACGAAAUAUUAGAAAGAAGUAAGAUUUGAUAAAUGAAAAAUUAUGCAAUGUUAUCACGAAAAGUGAUAUAUAUUUGAUUAGAGGAAUAGUAAAAGAUACUAUAAAUGAACUGAAAGAUUAAUUUCUUAGUUCAAUGGUUCAGAAAAUUGAAGUAAUCGAAGAUAGCGUGCAUGAUUGCGCAUUUCAAAUACAAAAAAAUCAAUGAAAAAAUGAAUCAAAAAAGAAAGAAAUUGAUGAGUUACACGAGAUAACAAACUAUAUACGCGACAAAAUACGACAUGAGGCAGAAGAAUACGAAAAGAUCACGAACGAUAUGGAGCAGUAUAGUCGCAGGAACAAUAUAAGAGUAUUCGGUGUUCCGGACGACAAAGACCGCCAAACUUCACAGCAGACAACUUCACAAGUAAUUAAAUAAGCAUUUAUAUGUGUCAAUUACGGAGGAAAAUAUUGACAAUGCCGUCUUGGGAAGUUAAAUGGAAAAAAACAGACCGGUUAUUGUGAAAUUUGUGCGCAGGCAGGUGAAAAACGACAUUAUGCAAAAUGUUAGUAAGCUGAAAUCAACCUGGCUCUAUAUAAGCCACGAUCUUACUUGGCUCAGUCAUCGCUGCGUCAGACACAGAACGAGAGAAAAAAUGUUGGUGCAACGAUGGUAUACUCUAUGGUACAUUUAAAUAGGAAUUAAACGGAAGGUCUUUCUUACAAACAAAGGAAGCUUGAUUUUCCCUGGCCUGAAAGGAAAAACAAGAAAUAAACACUAAACACAAACUAAAUACCUGAAAGGAGAGAUCUGUGUUUUGGUGUGUUUUUAAAUACAUUUUGGAACAAGACUUGAAAAGUUUUUAAAAAAAACUUCCCUCUAUCAUAAAUAACUUUGAAAAACCUCUGAAUUAUUUGUUUCUGUGUUAAUAUACCACUGCUGUUUUUUGUUUUCUAAUUUAUACAUAGAAAUAUAUUGAUUUAUAUCCUUAAGGUGAACUUGUUAUGCUUUCGACUGUAAGAAUACCAAAUUUAAGGAUAACACACAGACUAUUGAAAUGUUUUUUCUUCUUCUUUUAAUAUCUUUAAGAUAUAUUGUUUCUUUUUCGGAUACCUUUUUGGGGCAAGAUUCUUAUUGCUAAAAUAAUUUUUUUUGAUUCUCCAUUUGUUGAUUGUUUUUUAUUUAUUACAUAUACAUGUAUAUAUAACUUUAUAUUGCGUUUUUCUUUUGAGAUUAUAAAACCGAGCCUUGAUAAAAAAUAAACUUUAGUUUUUUCUGCAAGUUACAGUUGACAUCUUCUUUAAAGUAAUACAACAAACACAUACCUAUUUUGUUGUAUCUGGGUAUAUAUGCGUAUGUGUAUAUAUGUAUAUGUAUAUAUGUGUAUGUGUAUAUAUGUAUAUGUAUGUGUGUGUAUGUAUAUGUAUUUAUAUAUAUUUAUAAUACUGCACGUUUGUAACGUCAGUUUUCAUUGGAUAAUCGUGACGUUUAUAUAGUUUUAUAUACACGGCUGCUGUCGAUUCAUGAAGAAAUCUUACUUUUUUUCUCUAAAAAUGAUGCUUGCAGUAUUAUAAAUUCGUUAUAAAGAUUGUUGACAGGUUAUAUGGCCGUAUAUAAACGGCUGUUUGCAAUAUAACCCUCGCCUAACGGCUCGGGUUAUAUUUACAAAUAUAUAUGCAUGUAUAUGUAUGUGUAUAUAUAUGUACUUGCGCAUUCGUGUAUACAAUGUCUUGUUGUACAUAAGGAAUUUUGAUAUCACCUCCCUUACAAAUGCAAUCUAACUGUAUUAAAUGGUAAAUGCUCUUCAAGAAAUCUUAAUUUUCUUAUGGCUAUUAAGAUAUCAUUUAUUUUUGUUAUGAGUAUAUAAGUUAAAAAAAAUUCUAACAAUUACUAUCUUAAUUUCAAAGUGAAAAUAUAUAGACUGCAAAAUUGUCUUAUUAUAUUGAGUAUUGACGCUAUUAUAGCAAAAGUGUAAGAAAUAUACAUGUUUCAGUUUUCUUAGUUGUAGUAAAAUGGUUUUGGUUAAAAGAGGUUUAUUGUCAAACCUUUUUGAAACAUUGGUUUAAAUAUUUUUUGUUGUGUAUUCAUUUUUUGUAUUGUAUGUGAGACACAGUCUGCCAUUAUGUUAAUGAUGUUAUUUGGGAAUAAUACUUAUCUCUUUUACUUGUCCUGCAUCAGUUCAAUAUGGUUGAAAGUAAUAUAAAUGUCUUAUCUCUGAAUUGUAGAGGCCUGAAUGGGUCUUAAAAAAGAUCGUCCGUUUUCAUUUUUUUAAACAAAAACAGUGUAACAUUUAUUGUCUUUUUACAUUAAAUAUGUAUAAAAAGAUAUACUUCGAAUGGAAAAAUGAAUGUAUUUUAAGCCCUGGAACAUGUAACAUUUCAGAAGGGUAGCAAUUCUUUUUAAUAAUAACUUAAAACUUUAAAUUUUAUAGUAUUAGACUUAACUAUUGAAGGGCAGAAAAUUACUCUAGUAAAUUUAUAUAGCCCGA